AUGGUCAAGCUUACCGAGGUCGAGGACGAGCACUUCGCCCAGGAGAAGCCUCAACCCAGCAAGCACGACAUCCUUCUGGCCACCGACGACGAGGACGACUUCACCGAUACCGAGUCCGAGGUCUCCGUCGAGUCCGACUAUGACGUCGAGACAGAGUCCCUUUUCGACCGUCUCUCCGCCCUGAAAGACAUUGUUCCUCCCUCCGCCCGCAAGCAAGCCAGCAACACAGCCUCCUACGUGACCUCUCUCGCAAAGUCUAGCGUUUCCUUCAGCGGUCGCGCGCUCUGGAUCCUCAGCACCAGUGCUUUCCUGCUCGGUGUCCCGUGGGCUCUUGCCUACGCUGAGGAGGAGCAGUAUAUCCAGAUGGAGCGUGAGCAGGGUAUGAUCAAGGGUGCCAAUGAGAUGCUUGCCCCUGGCGCUCCUUCCUCUGAGGAGCAGCAGGCUCAACCCACCCUCUAA